GCCAGCUUUGACGGGGCCUGGUCUUUCAGUAUUCACUUGCUGCGAUCCGUCUUACCCGACUCCCACGGGUUCACGGCAUCGCAUUGCUCCCUAACAGCAAUGAGGCACCGCCUAUCGUCUCUAGCGUUCUCUCGCACCUUGACUGCUCCACGCGCACUCCACACACCUCUGACGCGUAUAACAGCAAGAUUGACCUCUCAGAAUGGCGGCACGAAACAACCAUUACAGCGGAGAAGCUUCGUGAUUACAGCCCCUAUGAACGUAAAGCUACCUAGCAAGGACACUGGCAGCUACGAGGAUUCGAACGCGCGCCCGGCUUCUGAGCUGAACCACAACAUCACACAAGAAGAGAAGGAUGACUUUGCGCGGAAGCUGCAGGAGGACAAGGGCAAACAAAUACGCACGCCAUGGCAUAGGGAAGGCAGCGAUGUACCGCCUGUCGCCAGACAGCGCAGCGCUGGAGCAAUGACAAAGGGCAAACUUCUCACCACGCCCUCUCGAAUGUUGAAGAUCAUCCUCCCUCUCACGACCAAGGACACGAACUCAGACCGCAAGGACAUCGAGCCGCUCGCUCUGCUCGUCCACCCGCAACAGCCUAUUUCCUACCUCGAGCGUCUGAUUCAAGCAGAGCUACCCACGAUCAAAGAUAAGGAUGGCAGAGAGCGCAUCCCACAGGUAUUCUUCCGCGCUGAGGAUAGCAUGCAAGACCCCCUGCAGGGCUCAGAACGUAGCGAAACAACUGUCAGCGAGGACAGCGAGCCUUCACAUAACGAAGAGGACUUCGAGCAGGUGGACGAACAUCGCAUUGACGGCAAGACUGUCAAGACCGGCAAGAUCAGAUCGAAAUCGGAUAAUGGAGAGGCUGGUGCGGUCAGAAAUCGCAAGACGCCUGACGAGGCGGUUGAACUGCGCGGCGGCCAUGGCGAGGGUGGCGUCGAAUCGUACUCUGGUCUCGGGCAAGAUGCACCCAGCGACAAGGUGUCGACCCGAAAGUUCGUGCGCUGGUCUAGCAGCACUGAGAUGGGCGACUUCAUUCGCGACGCAGCGCGUGGCCAAGAGUUCGCUAUCGAGAUCGAAGGCGCCCCAGAGGAGAUCCGUGUUGGUGUGCCCUCGUUCAACGACCGCACAUACUACCUACGCAUGCGCCUCAGGAAGACGUCUAAGCAGAUUAGCGAAAUGGCAGAGGUCAAAGAACUGUGCGACAAGCUUGCACAUAAGGCAGCACAAUCGGUAGCUAUGGCCGGAUUUGGCGGUAUUGUAGGAUGGUGGGGAGUAGUCUACUACCUCACAUUCCAGACAGAGCUCGGCUGGGACGUUAUGGAGCCAGUAACCUACCUCGUCGGUCUCUCGACCCUUAUUGGCGGUUACGUCUGGUUCCUGUACCACAACCGUGAAGUCUCGUACCGCAGUGCCAUGAACUUCACCAUCUCGCGUCGCCAGUCUAAGCUCUACAGCCAGAAAAAUUUCGACCUGCGGAAAUGGGAGGUCUUGAUCGAAGACGGCAAUGCGCUGCGCAAGGAGAUCAAGGCCAUCGCCAACGAGUACGACGUCGAAUGGGAUGAGAUGAAGGAGGAGAAAGACGAGAAGGUCGCGGAUGCGUUGCGUAAGGACAGGAAAAAGAAAGAGGGUAAGAAGGACAAGGACGAUGAUGAGCCGAAGGCGGGCAAGACGGAGGUCGAUGACGAGGGUAAGACUGGGUAGACCUGUCCGAUAUCCGUGGAAUCCCAGCUGCACACAUUAUGUAGAUAUAUUAGCGCGGCGUUGAGGGAAGACAUCAAUCAGCACUCUCCUUUGUU